AUGAGCACGCACUGUAACACGACCGAACGCAAUAGUAGUUUUUUUUCUAAUGGCAUAACAGAAGAGGAUUGGAGCCGAUUGCAUGGUCGUGUCAUUCCGAACUCUGUCGACUUCGAAGAGUUCAAAGCGAUUGUGUCAGAAGGAAAGCUGCAGGACAGGUACCUAGCGAAAGAUAUCCAUAAGAUCAUGCAGGAAAUGCGGGAUAUUCUACUAGAGCAUGGCGAGCUACGUGAGGCAGCUACUUUCCCUGUCACCGGCCGAAAGGCGGAUCUCUCCCGUGCGGCUGCCGCGGCGGUGAGGGUACUCAACCGAGAACGGCUACGCCCACCUUUUACAGAACCAAAUUCGUUGUUCCUUAGCAAUAGAUCUGAUGCGCCCUCCUCGUCUUUAACCCUCAAUUCCCUUGUCAAGAAUGGCAACGGGUGCAAUGUUAGCACAAGCAAUUUCAUCGAAGAGGAGACACCACCGGUUGCUAAGUUGUACCGAGUGUCUUGUAAUAGUGAGAGUCGCCAUCCAAGGCCACCACCCAUCGUGGAUCACAUCACCGAUUUCCCAGACUCUGCCCCUCCAGUGAGUUUAGUCGCACCGCUGGCAGCUGGUCCCGUCGCAGAAAAUCAUGUAUCUGGUUCUAACUCCCCGCAAGAUGCACAGCCACUCGAAACCGCACGAGCAUCCAAUGUCGAGCCUGCACCUGGCGUGCUAGGAUAUCCAAGGGAUCGAAUCCUGACCACUCCUGUUCCAAAAAGACUGAACUCAUUGCCCCUUAAUGGCAUCAACGCCACGCCUACGACAGUCGGGGGAAUGACAGGCAUGAAAAACACUCCCGUUGGAUCUUCCACUACAACAUCGUCCACAUCGGGCUCUGGUGGUACUGAAAUAAUGCACUUCAAUGAUCGCUUUUCGCCUUUCUUCUCAAUACUUGGCAUUGUUCGCCGCUUUCAACUGCGCUAUGGUAGUCAUUCAAUGAAGUUCGAGGUGCCCGUGCAAUAUGCAAAUGCUGUUGCCGCGCGUCGGCUCCGUAUCCAUUUGAUCCCCUUUCGACAUCCGAACCUUCCCGCACGGUGGCCUACCGCAAAGGAAAUCACUAUUUAUGUGAAUGAUCAGUGUGUUUUAGCGUCCUGGCGACGCGCGUGGCCAGAACGGAAGCAAGAGGUGGCCAAGACCUUUUUAUCUCUAGAUAUUACGCAGUAUAUUAAUCGGCCACAGAGCAGCCAGCGGCUGAGAAUCGAUGUAUUCAACAGGGAUUACUUUACACCAACACUGUUGGCAGUGGUGCAAUCCAAUGCGCUCGAGGAUAUUGUGGCGAAUUUUUUGGAGAAAAGGUUUGGUGAAGGUCGUAUAUCCAAGAUAAUAGAGCAUCUCACCGUCGCUGCCCCUCCUUCGGAUGUGUCUGCUUCAACAGGGGUUCGAUCUAUGUUGAAUCAAAGCGAUCAGCGUGCGGUAUCGUUCUAUCGUAGUAUACUGUUCGAUGACAGCGAUGAAACCCUUGCGGUGGGGGAUCCAGUCAUCAGCACGAAAUGUUCGGUUUCGCAGAUGCCCAUCGAGGUGCCUGUCCGCGGGGUGCUUUGCCGCCACCUGCAGUGCAUCGACCUGCGGUCGCACCUCCUCAGUAGCCAUAAGGGUUGCUACUGGAACUGCCCCCUGUGUGAUCGUGAAAUGUGGUUCAAGGAUUUGGUCGUGGACACGUUUCUGUGGAGACGCUUAUGCGCGAUGCGGGAAACCUUCCCAACGCACUUGCGGCUAUCUUCGAGGAAAGACCCAUGCACACGAGCCGCUGAGGCCGCAGCUGAUGAGGUUACGAGCGCGACCUCCGCUCCGGUGGCGUCAUCUCCGGAGUACGGGUGGUACCCAUCGAAUCAGGAGGGUGGCGCCACCACUUUUGACGGUGGCUUACUGUUAGCUGAUGACGCCGAUAUGGUCGAUCAGGAGGUGGGGCAGGAGGUUCGACGAACAGCGGUGGUUUCGCCGGAACGGGAACGCAGCACUUCGCUAGGGGCGCCAUUGGGGAGUAAGCGCCUUCGAGCACCGUCUCCGCUUCCCUUGUCCUUGGAGGGCACUGCAGAGAACCCUAUUGAGCUUUGA